CCGUCAUGCUGUUCGCAUGUACAUAACCAAAAGCCAGUUCAGAGGACUGGGGAGGAGGAGACGGAGGCAGACAGCUGAGGAUCGUCGACUGACUCCUGAAUAGUGAAAAAAGUUUUUCCUUUGAAGCAGGUGACGACGGGGAGUGAACACAAACACAGCCGCGUCAUUAGGCGUUAUGUCCGCUUUCAAAAAAGAUCUUACAUCUGGUCCACGAAUAUCUUUGGGUUUUCCGAACGCUUUGUUUUGUCGAGAGGGAUUCUGGUGUCCACCGGGCGAUGACAGCGGCCACGGCCACUCCGCGGGUGAUGAGAGACCGGCUGCUGAAGGCCAUCGACGGCCAGAGCAACAUACGCAACAUGGUGGUGGUUGUGGAAGUGAUUUCCAGUUUGGAGAAAUACUCUAUCACCAAAGAAGUACUGGAGGAGACUCGCCUUGGGAAGCUGAUUAAUGACAUCCGGAAAAAAACCAAGAACGAGGAUCUUGCAAAAAGAGCCAAGAAGCUCCUUCGGACCUGGCAGAAGCUAAUCGACCCGGGUCAGGGUGGCUUGGUGUCCAAAGAACUCACUGGUGCAUCUUGGUCUUCCAAAGGCAGCAUUCACCCUUGCUCCUCUCCUCCAGCUUUGAGCAAAACAGGCUCAGAGUUAAAGGCCAGAAGUGACUUCAGCAACUGCUCUCCAAAUCCUGAACCGAUAAGCAACAGGAAACGUAGAUGUGACAAGAAAGAGGAUCAAACAAAGAAACCCAAAGUCGCUCAUGAUGAUACAACACAGCAGCCAUCUAAUAGACUUGGUGGGAGUUUUAAAAUUCCUGCAAAUACUAAUGCACACCAACCAUCAGACAGAGAUGCAUCUAAAUAUCUGGACUCUAGUAAGUCAAAUAAAGUUCCUAUUCACGCUGUCAAACCUCAUCCAAGUGCCUCUGUGUAUAGCAACCCUCCUAACACGCUUAUGCAACAGCAGGUUAGAUGGGAUAAACAUCAACCUAGAAGCCCUGGUUGUCUGUUGCAACAUCCUGAGAGUCUAAAGCAAGAAGCUGUAAUAAAAAAAACACAAAGUAGUGGAAAUCUAGGUGUGAAGGUAGAGGAAUCUGCUCAGUCACUUAAUGUUCACACAAACCACUCAAGGUCUGCAAAUUUGGAGUUUCAAAGCAGGACUUCAAGUUUGGUUGAUGAGACUAUUAUUAAUGAUGCUGUGAACAAGAAAAGAGAAAAAUACAGGGCUAAAGAUUAUGUUGUAAACCUGAAUGGCCCAAUUACAGAAGACAAAAGCAAACCAGUGAGGUUAAAAGACAGAAGGAUCACAUUUGAUCCAUCAACAGGACAAAUUAAACACACCUGCCCUAAGGAGUCUUCAGAAGACCAGGAAGUCUCUGAAUUCCAGCUGAAGCCGAAUCAACCCAUUCCUCCCAGUCCCUUCCAGCAGGCGGACUGGAAAGAACUGUCAAGGAGCGAAAUAAUCCAGUCAUACCUCACCCAGCAGAGCAACAUCCUGUCGUCGUCUGGUGCACCCAUUCCUGGAGCCAAACUUUUCAUGUCAGAGGUUUGCAGAAGAGCGGAUCACCAGAAGAGGAAUACCACAGAAACUUCCAUACUGGCAUCGGACCAUCAUGUCAAAGAGUUACCUGGAGUUAGCAGAGAAAUCAGCAGUGAAGACCUGAGCCGAUUACAGAGGCGGCGUUGGUCCGGAGUUAACGGGUGUUAUGACACCAAGGGGAACUGGUACGCCUGGACGGAGUGCAUCUCUCUAGAUCCACAUGGAGAUGAGAGCAGACUGAACAUAUUGCCCUACGUCUGCCUGGACUGAAACUGGGUUCAGCUUGGAAGUAAAUUAAAUGUUCAAGUCUACAAAAUGUGAAAUGUUGGGAAAAUUUUAGGAAAAUUAUACCUUAUUUGUGCUACAUGCUCCAUUCAGCUUUUGUUUUGUAUUUUCAUUUUGUAAAAUAUCCUGUUUUCUUAUUGGCAUUUGAUAACCGUAUUAUGAGAAUUUAUAAGACAUUUUCAGAAAUCAUUAACGACACACAAAUACUUAAAAAAUUAAUUUGUCCAAAAUUAAUCUCAUGCUGUUGUGUUUAGGACUGUUUCAUUUGCAACUGUACAGCUUUAAUUAGGAGCGUUCACGGCAUUUUUGACCACCUGGAUACAGUUCAAGCGAAUUGCAAAUAUUCCACUACAACAGGCAACCGAUGUACGUUUUCACAAACAAAUGACAAUAUUUUUUAAAAUGGAAAACAUUUGAUAUAACACAAAGUAUUUGUUGUUUAUUAAUUAUGUUUUUGAUUUCUUUUUUAUUAUAAGUAGGACUGUAACUAUCCACUGAGUUGUGUUAUAAAUAAAGUGGGUUCUGUUGUGA